GGAUUGGUGUAGUGCGGUUCUUGUUGGCCAUUGUUUCCUCGCCGUCGGCGAUUACGUCUUUUCUUCGGAAUGUGUGCUCAGUCUUCACUAUUGUGUCAUUGUCGUCACAGAGCUGACGUGUGAAAGUUGUUUGCGGGCAGUGUAUGCUUUCAGAAGUGUCGUCUGCUACUUUGCAAGGAGCCUCGCGGGUGUUGGUGGUGAUUUGAGCCCAGUGUCGUUUUCCCAUUCGGUGCAACCAUUUCGAAGUUAGUGUUUCCCAAGCGUUCCACUUCCUACAUGCUGGUGCAGCUGUCACCGGUUUCGGAGGAACGACCGCCCCCUGGCCCGCCAUGGUACCACGGGCAAAGGUGCACCAAUAGUAACAUGAGGACAGGUUCCCUUGGCUCUAAUUCACGCGUGCCCAUCUCGGGAGGGAGCACAGGCAGCAUGGAAGUGAGCAAACAUGCCAGUAGGCUAGCUGCCCUGAGUCGCCUCUUCAAGCCCUGGAAGUGGAAGCGGAAACGGAAAAGCGACAAGUUUGAGCAGACCUCACGCACCCUCGAGCGCAAGAUUUCCAUGCGUUCCACGAAAGAAGAGCUCAUUCAGCGUGGUGUGUUGCUUUCUGAGCGUGACCUCAGCAGCCCAACUCAGAAAGACAUUGCAUUCCCCUCCCCCACACAAGCCAAUGGGAAACUAUCCGUUGACGAGUCAGAUCAUUGUGCCCAAACUGUGAUAGCUUCAGAGCAGGAUGAGAGCACUGCAGGACCAACGACUGCAGCACCGGCUAUCCUGCUAGACAUGAGCUCACUCCACUUUUCCGAAGUGCCACCGGCGGCAGGGGGAGAACCUGUGGACCACCUGACGCUUUCUACGUUGCCCGAUCCCCCCAUUGCUGUUAGCGACAUCGGUCCCAUUCCUCCUCCCCCGAUGUUUUCUAAUCCCUCUCCCACGUUGGGGCUCAAAUUUGCAGAAGUGGCGUCCAGUCUCAACCUGCGGUUCGCUCAGAUGGCGGAGAGAAACCGUCAACUGGCUGCGCAGGCAGCUGCCACGCCUCACCAGGAACCUCACCAGGACACGCCCAGUGACGACGAUGAAGAAGACGAACCUGUGGACGACGGGCGCUUCGCCAAGGCUGUCUCUCCGCAGGUGGUGCGCAGGUCCACGGGGGGCCCCGCAGGAGCGCAGGAGGCAGGAGACACAGCUCUGGUGGAGGAGAUUCCCGCAAAGGAGCCUCCGCAGUGCACAGCAGUGCCGCUGAAGAGUGCGUUGAAGAAGCACCAGGCAAAUGGCGCACCAGUGGCAUCGGGGGUACGCAUAGCACCCAACAGGUUGCGAGUAGCCAAGGUGCAACUGCCGCCUGGUGGCAUCGGCACCCCUCAGUACCCGCUGCCUCCACCGACGAUAACGCUUCAGCAAGACAACAAGGAGAACAGCCGGCCUGCUGCCUACGACUCCGACUCUGACUCUGACGACGGUCCCAUCAACUGGAGGGACUAUUACGGAGACGACGAACAAGGGGUUUCCCGUUCUGACGCAGGACGUCUGGCUGCGAAGAUUGCACGCAAGGAUUCUCUGGCGCUCAAGCUGUCUCAGCGUCCUGACCGACAGGAGCUCAUCGACAAGAACAUUCUGAAGGUGCAAUCUGACAAAGAGAGACAGGAAUCAAGGGAGGCUGUCGGGAAUAAGUUGAUCAGGAGGUUAAGUUUGCGACCGACUGCGGAGGAACUAGAGCAGAGGAACAUUCUCAAAUUUCAAACUGUGGAGGAAUUGAAGAAGGAGAAAGAGCAGAAGAAAAAGGUUCUCAUCAGAAAGCUGAGCUUCCGACCAACAAUAGAGGAACUCAAGGAGAGGAAGAUAAUCCGCUUCAACGACUACGUGGAGGUGACGCAGGCUCAGGAAUACGACCGUCGGGCGGACAAACCGUGGACGCGGCUCACGCCCAAGGAUAAGGCAGCCAUUCGGAAGGAGCUCAAUGAGUUCAAGAGCAUGGAGAUGGAAGUCCACGAGGACAGCAGACACCUUACCAGGUUCCACCGGCCAUGAAAAAAGAGUCCUUGGAAAUCUUCGAAGGUGCAGUCACUGCCGUUGGUAAGCUUGCUCACUUCUAAAGAGAACUGGGCCCAUACGAAGCAACGAGCGACCCCUCCUUCCCUGCCUCGCACAUUGUUUGAAACAGUCGUUCCGCUCCCAACGACAAACCCCCCCUGCUUCUUCAACGAAGCCCCAACGGUUGGAGGACCAUACGAGGCGCUGGUCGUCACUCGACUGGGGUGCCCAGCGCGAGGCAUUGUGGCGCCCUCUGUCUCGAUGAAGGGUAGGCUGCAAAACUCUACUCCCUCAACAUCACCUCCCCGCCUCGCCUCGCCUCGCCUCAGAGCUGGAGAGCGACCGAGCAACAAACCCUGUGUGUGUCCGUGUGUGUCCACGUGUCUUUUUUUUUGUUUCGACUGUUUUUGGCAGCACCUGCAUCGAACCUUCACAAGGUGCAAGAACGUUUCAUCGCCAGGAAAGUAUUUUUUUGCGCAUCCAUUAACUUUUUUUUUUCUUUUCUUUUUUGUUUCUUGCUCCUGCUGUUAAUUGUUGCAAGUGGAGCACAGAGAGGGAGAAAGAAAAAAAGAAAGUAACGAAAAGUGAAAAAAAAAAAAACACCGUUUUUUGCGAGUGCCUUUGUUAGAAAUGGUGCACAGCGAGUAUUUUGUGUUGUGCACGUAUUGCCUAGUAUUUCUUUGUUACCCCCCCCUGGCAGUCGUGCAUCGUAUGACUGAUCCGCCGUACAAACCUGGACUACCAGUAAGACUUAUCCGCAAUUUCCCAAACCACUAUAGAAAAAAAAAUUGCGGAAAGAAAAAAAAAAAGUGCUCAAAUUUUGCGGCACUUUAAGGAUGUGGGCUUUGUAACUGGCUCCUACAGCUUGUGAUUGUCAAAGGAAAAGCUUGCAUCUGCUCUGAUGCCCAGGUGACUUUAGGGGUGUCUUCCCCUGCAACUAAGUGUCCCAUAACUUCAGACAAUACUGUGGUCCCCCUGAUGUUGAAAGGUGUGUUGGCAGAGCUGUAUGAAGAUUCCCAUUAUUAGUGAUCCCACCCUGUAUUAUUGCCUUUAGAGGACGAAAUGAAAAUAUUGAUAAUGUACUUGAAACAGUGCUGCCAUGGUCAAGUGCUGUGGUUUUGGGCUGUCGCAUGGUUCAUUGGGUGACUCUAUUUCUCGGAGUGUUCAUUUCUUUCUUUUUCUUCUUUUUUUUUUAUGGGGGGGGGGGUCCAUUGUUAUAUUGUUUGACAGCAUCCUACACAUUCUUUAGGGAUACUUAGUGACUAUGCAAGUGAAUGCCAGUGGUAAAAAGAGGUGCUGUGCUUCCACAAUGCUGAGUGCUCCUAACUAUACAAGGUGUCUCAACCAAAGUGCACUGAGGUUUAGAAACACAGUGCCCAGUAUUUUUUUUUAUUGCAGUGUAUAUUAUUUGGUGCACCCGGUAGAAUGGGUGCUUAGCAUUGUGGAAGCAUAGUGAGCUGGUUCUAAGAAAACUCUGACGUAGUGCUGCAAAAUGAUCAAUACAAUAAGAGUUUUUUUUGUUUUGUUUUUGGGAAUGACUUAUGCAGACCUGUUAUAUGCAUAUCAACACAUUUGUACAAAAGACUACCGCUGACAGGAGACCGAAUAGGGGUACGUGCAUGAGCAUGUAGCACUUGUACAGUUGUAACAUUUUUUUAGCAUUUGGACAUGCCAAAGCUUGUACAUACUUUUGUUUUCCGCAUCGUUAGCACUGUCCUGUACAUAGGUUGGCGCCUUGCAAUCUGUACAUAGGUUUUGUAUAUGGUUUGCUUGUUCAGUGAAGAGGUCAGGCUUGGGGAUUUUUUUUUUUUAGCAAAAUGUUUUAAGCAUGUGAGACUAUUUAUUUUUUAGCAGACGUUUGUUGCAGUUGUUCAAGCCUGUUCUUUGCUUGUAGCUGCGCCUGUACAUUCAUUUGGUAGGUACAAAAGAAAAGAACAAAUAAAUGCUAAAUCAAAAAGUC